AUGAAUGGCCGAAAUGCACCACUAUCACCCGUAUCUAUAGGCGAUAGUGACUGGCCAAACGGUUAUCCAAUGGACAAGGACGACCCCUACGGCAACAAUCGUGGCCAACUCAUUUCACCACCCAACUCUGGUGGCUCCCUCCCAAGCCCCAUGAACUCCGGUUUUCCCACGGGCCCGCGCAAUGGCAACGGCGGGCCCUCACCACCACCCUCUAUCGGCCGCUCCAGCGCCGGCCCCAGCAUGUACGCCCGCAGCGAAAGCGGCCGCAGCCAGCGCGAAGAGGCCACGGACGCAGUGCUCGGCGAGCACUACAUUGCCCUCAAGCGCUUUCUCGCCCAGACGUCGCGCGACGGCAAGGCCGCACCGCCCGCCAACAAGGCACGCGACAAGCUGCAACGCCUAACGUCUGUGCAGUUUCUCGAGCUCAGCACCGAUGUCUACGACGAACUCAUGCGCCGGCAAGCGGUCAGCCGCCGCCAAAACAAUGGCGGCCCGCAGGGCCCCGGUGGCCCGCCCAGCUAUCUCUUGCCCGAAGACUCGUUCCACCCAAAACGCAAUCAGGCCCGCCAAAAGCUGGCGUCGCUUGGCCCGCCACGCUUCCGCGACCUUGCAACUGACGUGUUCUGCGAGCUGGAGCGACGAAUCCCGCGCUUUACCGGCGGCGACAUCCCGCGCAUGGGCAGCCCGGCCGGAUCGAUGCGACCAUCGAGUCGCGCCCAGACUCCAGUCAACGGCAGCAUGAAUGGCUUCCCGCCACGCAAUCAGAGUCGGCGGCGACCGUCCGAAGCUGGUUCCGUUCGCUCGAUGCGCAGCGGCGUUGGCGUGAAUGGUCUGGGACUGGGUCCCGGCGGUCUUGGGAACAGCUCCGUACCGCCAUCGCCCGGCCUGCCGCCCAAUAACUAUGACCGACCAAUGCAGAAGCAAUCACAAAGCAACACGAUUGUGCCAAAUAAGAGCACUAUGGUUGAGGAGGAUGAUGACCCGAUGAUAAACCCCAUGGGCGGUGGCAACAUGAACGGCGACGACUACGGUGUGCAGAGGCAAAUGAACAACGGCGCCGAGACCGCAUUACAGACGGAGAAAAACAAGCAAUUGAUUACUGAGUACGAAGCACAAAUAAAAGAUUUACGAGACCAGAUGGCGGCCAUGGAAUCGGACAUGAAGAAGAACAAGGUGGAGAUGGAUGCGGUACUCGACGCUGAGCGCACACGCGCGUCUGCCAGCAACGUCGAGAAGCAGGAGUGGUCGAACGCACGGCGUGAUCUCGAGAACCAGCUGGCAGACUCGGCCAGCCUCGCAGAAUCGCUACAGCAGGACAUGGACCGGAUGCGAAACGACCACGCAGCUGAGGAGCGGCAGCUGCGCGCCCAGAUUGACGAUUUGCGACAAUCCCUCGCCGAGAGUGCACGCAACAACAGCAACAAGAAUUCGAGCCGGGGUGGCAACGAGGACUUGCUGCGCGAAAACGAGGACCUGCGACAGCAACUGCGCGAGCAGCAGCAAGUCACCGAGGAAGUGCGCGGCGAAGCCGAGCGGUUCCUGAACGAGAUGCGCAUGCUCUCCCAAAAGAGCGGCACGACAUGGGAGAAGCACGCCGACCUGGAGAAGACAAUUGCAUCGCUCGAGGCGGAAGUGCGUGAUUGGCGCAACCGAUACGCGCGGGCCAAGACACAGCUGCGAACGCUGCGCGGCUCGUCCACCGGCCUGGGCAUGCAGCAGGAGGACGCUGGUCGGUACAUGCGCGAGAAGGGCUUCACGACCGACGACGGCCUCAUCAAGGACGUGCACGUCACAAAAUUCCAGAUGGCGAUUGAUGAACUGCUACGGCGGGCACGCCUCGAGGAGCCCGAGCAGACGAUCGACUCCAUGAAGGCCGUUGUUGUGGCGGUGCGCCGCAUCACCAAGGACUUGGACGACGCGCCAGCGCCGCUGGGCCAAGACGAGGAUGCGACGCAGCAACAGCAGGCGAAGCUGAAGACGCGCGUGUCGGGCACGGCCAACAACCUGAUCACGGCGGCGAAGAACUUUGCCAUGUCCGCUGGCUUGUCGCCCGUGUCGCUGCUCGAUGCGGCGGCAUCGCACCUGGUGGCGGCCGUGGUGGAGCUCCUGCGGGUGGUCAAAGUCCGCACAACGCCGGCGGGCGAGCUGGAGGACGACGACAACAAUAUGUCAACCACCAUGUCCAUGUCGAUGAUGGACGACGACAACAAUAUGUCAACCACCAUGUCCAUGUCGAUGAUGGACGACGACAACGGCUCUCUGACGCCCGUCGAGUCCAACGCCAGCUACUUCUCACCGCGCAGCAACGGCGGCCAAACAACGGCCACGACGCUGUCGUCGACGACAACACAAAACUCACUACCUCCGCCGCCGCCCUUCCAGGGUCUGGGUGGCGUGCGCGACAGCGCAGACUCGUCCGCAUACAGCCCGGUAAGCUCGCCGCGGCAGUCGGUUGACCGGUUCGGCAGUUAUGCCAACGGCGGCCGGCGCUCCAUGUCGCGUGGCGCGCCGAAUGGUAUGAGUGGUGCCAGCGGGAUGAACGGGAUGAACGGGAUGAACGGCAACUACCUCGGCAUCAACAAGAACCUUCCCUCAGCACCUGGCGGCAACGGUAACGACGACGUUGGCAGUGGCUUUGGCGGCAGCGGAUCGGGCCGCGCUGGCCAGCGCACCGAGGAUCUCAAGGCGCUGCUUGACGACCAGACAGCGGUGAUGGUGCAGAUCAUCCAGGACAUGGUCGGGUCGAUCCGCAGCGAGGCGGGUGUGCAGCAGAUUACACAGCAGAUCAACGAGAUUGCCGAUAUCGUCGGGAAAGUGAUUGCCGAGACGGAAGCCAGCGGCAACGGCGGCCCUUCGCUCGACAAGCUGGUGAGCUGCCGGCAACGGCUGGUGGAAGCGGGCGACCGGGGCGAGUCGAUGCGGGCAACGGAGGCGAGCGGCGGGCGCAAGAUGGACAUGCGGUCGUGGACGACGUCGCUGCCUCCGGUGGCGUUUGAGAUUGCGCGCGAGACCAAGGAGCUGGUCAAGCGGAUUGACCGUCUUGUGCUGGGCGAAGGCAACGACGACUUUUCGUAA